AAGCGAGAAAUUGGCCGAAAGACAGUGCCACCUUGCCGCGUUCGUUGUUUCAAUAAGAGCACGCGUACUGUUCAACUGUCGAGUACAUAUUUCGUGGACCGUGUCGCCAUGAGAUUGAUCCUUGUGAAAAUAUGGAAAUAAUAAUAUCUUCCACAGCUUUAUUUCUAAUUGUACGAGGACCAAAGUUUGCGUGAUUAACGAUGUUAUACCAGAAGUAAUUACAGAUAUUCAUAUCUCAACAAAAUCUCAAAACUGGUCAUCCUAUUUCGAAGAAUGAUUUUCACAAGCAACAUUAAUCUCGCCAAAAUUUUAUAAAAAACAUUUUUGAAAAAUUUAAACUUAAAUCAUGUUACCUUCGUCAAACCUUCUCCAGGAGGAGUCAGAUUCUACGAACGGAACCACUAUUUCUAAAAUGCCAACGAAUACCAGAAUCUCAACCAACGAAUCGACCAUGUUACUUUCGUCGAGGCUUCUCCACGAGGAGUUAUCAGAUCCUAUAAAUGGAACCACUACGUCCAAGACUCUAACCAAUACCAGAACCUCGACGAACGAAUCAACCACGUUACCCUCGACCACCGUCGACGAAGUCGUGAGGAACGAUGACGAUCCCCCGCCUUACAGCCCGAUCGCGCCUCCGAAUCACGUCGGCUGGCCGUUCGACUUUUCGGGAAAUCGGUAUUCCGCGUACAGCGCUACAACCUGUACAACAGCUCCAUUGGCUCCGUUCCAAACAAGCCUAACUUCGCCUGGCUUCGGUUUCCAUACCGAGAGAACGGAGGAACAUGCAUCGAUUUCGAUGCCUUUAAUGCCUUGCAGGCUAUUUAUGUUCGGUUCUCGAAGAUCUCUGUUUCCACACGAUGGCCCGACGUUCACGGAUAACAUCUCAGUUAAUAAGGAGGAUAACCAUGAAAGGACACGUAGAUAUGGCGCUAUUUUAAUUGGAGCGGCUGUCAUUAUUUUUCUUAUGGUCCUUUCAUUGCUCGUGCGAUUAAUCAUGGAUAAAAAUCUUUGGCGAAGUUAGCUAAGAACAUGAAAUGUCGGCAAUAUGUGGUAUGCAGAUUUCAUUCAUUCUCAAUCUAGACUGAAUCUAGAGUAACUUUAUCAUAGCAUAAUUUCUCUCCCGUUGAUGUAAUAACAAGUAUAAUUAGAGCAUGGUCGUCGUGCAGGAAGACUGGAAUUUCGAGUUUCUUACAUCGUGUAUGUUCUAGCUGAUUUUGUUCAUUAGUCAUUUGCGUGCUUUGGCAGAAGUAUUUAAUUGUCUUUAAUCAAUUUAUUGCCAAUAAUUUUAUAAUUCAAAACAUGUAAAUCUAUUUAUGUUAGUAGGUAUAUUUUUAUGACAGUUCCUUAAUUAUGACAGUUAAAAGAAGUAAAAUAUAUUGUAUAUAAAGUAAAAAAAGUAAAGAAAAUCAGGAGUGAAAAAUAUUCAAGUUACCUAAAAAAUUAUUUUUAAUACACUUAAUAUAUGUGACAUGUACGUACAUGUUACGGAAAAUUUAUUUUCACAGCAUAACGCAAAGCCGCAUCGUGGAUUUUCUUCAAGAAAUAAAAAAAA